AUGGACUAUUUUAUGAAUCUGAGGAAUAGGAUAGCGCCCCAAAGGGUGCAGCCCACUCAUGCCGAACAGCUGGCAAAGUUUAAAAAAUCGUGGGAUUACAUAAGGCAGACGCAACUUAAAAAUGAGGAUAGCGGUCAUGCCGAAAUUUCCGACAUUUCUCACCACCUUAGGCAAAUGGUUGACCUUCUUGUUGACGAAGGUCUGCGUCUCGAAGACGUGAACACCGGUCUCUGCAUGGAGGAAUUCCUAAGAAACAAAAUCCUCGAUGAACUAGUGAAGUAUGCUAAAAGCGAUAUCCCAAAAGGUAUUCGUGGUGAGAUCAUUAAGACCUUCGGUUCCAUGAUUAACCUAUUGGACGAUCGGUUUUUGGUUCACAAUGCUGUUCACCAUCCAACCAUCUCCCUUUUACGCACAUGUGUUCAUGACAUUCACGAUGACCCCGGCGAUAAGUAUGACGAGGAGUUGGUCGAUUUGAUGUAUCACAUAUGUUCCAAGAUCCACUCAUUCCCCGCGCUCUUGAACAUCUUCUUUCACGAUACCCAUUGGCUCACGACACCACAGAAGACAUACUUGAAGAAAGAAUCCGAGAACUCACCUUCCAACAACGAUCACGAUGGAAACUCGGAAGAAAUUCCACCGCCGGAGAACUGUACAUCCACCGCGCCCACCAAGACAACCGAAUUUACCGAGGAUCCGGAAAAGCCGGAAUACGAAUUCUUACUUUUCACAUAUCUACUUCAAUUCCUCCACAAAGAGGGUAGAAGCGGUGAAUACGCAAGGUAUGGUUUGCUCUUCAUCAUUGAGCUCGCGGAAGGUCCGCUCGCCGACUUCAUCAGCGAGAGUGAUUUUGCAACGAUCAUGGCCGCUGGAUUGGGCGCACUUUACUCGCAACUUCCAAGGAAGUUGAUGGUGAGGAGUUCAGGUGGUGGAUUGACGAAUGCCGCCCUUCUCGGUUUUGGGGACAUUGCAGGUGUCGAGCUUGAACGAUUACGUGCAAACAACAUUCAAGUGUCUUCAUCGCCUGAGUUCAUGAAUCAACUUGAUUCAUUCUUGAAGUUGAUGGAAUUCUGUCAGGAUGUGUUGAACAUAUGUCCCAACGCGGAUAUCUCUUUGGCAUUGCUUCAGAACGUUAAGACCAAUUUUCUCGAAAACAUCCUAUACCCAUCGAUCUUGGAAUGCUCGGACAACGAUGGCUCUGCCGUUGCGGUCAUUUCCUAUAUUGAUAUCAUCAUGCAAACACUGAGCCAAGAGGAUCUGGUCGAUGUGGUGGUGGGAUUCCUGAUGGAUUCGGAUGGCGACGACGAGGAAUUCUGGAAACAAGCUACCGUCAAUAAAUUUGCAAAACGUCAGAGCACCAUAAACCUCUUCGAGGGUAUUGAGGCCAGUCCCAUAAAAUCCUCUCCUUAUUUUACGGCCUCGGGUCGUUUCACCCUGAAAGAUCUUAUUUUCUCGCGUUUGCGUUCAUCCUCCGAACAGACUGUCAUCGCGACGCUAAAACUUCUCCACACGGUUAUUUCCAAGCAUUGUCGUUACUCUUUGAAAUUGCUAAACAUCGAAUUGGAUGAGCACGCCACCUGCUUCCCGAGGCCAACCUACUUGUUCGAUGAAUUCCACGAUUUGCACUCUGGCUUCUCGCAUCUCAAUAAAAAGACCACGAUCAGCCAUCACCUGAAGGAAUUGGAUCUCUUUAGUUCUCUGAUCUCUGCGAUCGAUACCACCAAAAACCCAUCGAUCUUAACGAAUGGGUAUGAAUCUUAUGUUCGUGAUGCUGAGAUGAUCAUUGAGGCCGAUACGUGUUACAGAAACGGUCUGGAUGUGGAAUGGACCGAAGACGGACCAACCAGACCGAAAUCAAACAAAUCGAACAAAAAAAGUCUCUUAAAGAAGGGCAACUCUAGGGGAAUGUCCGGUGUACGAAAACGUCGUCUUAAUCCCACAGAUCGU